AUGUCGAUUUACACAAAGACGCCGCUCCAGAAGAAGGAGAACGAAAAGAUCCUGAGGCUGGCCGUGUCCAACGUGCACGCCAACCCCUCCGUCGCCAUCACCACCUCCAACAAAAUAUACUUCUACAGCGAGUCCGGCGAAAAGCUGGACUUCGAGCUGAACCGCAGCAUCACCCCCACCUGCAUCGAGUGGCACCCCUUCCAGCCGGUGCUCACCAUCGGCUGGGACACGGGCAAGGUGACCCUCUUCAACGAGGAGCUGCGGACGCUGAAGGAGGAGUCGCGGCCGCACGACAACCCGAUCGUGAUGCUGCGGUACAACGCGGGAGGGACGCGGAUGGUCAGCUCGGACAUGGUGGGGCUGGUGGCAGUCUGGAAGGGGAUCAGCCUGCUGGCCUGCUACUACAAGGACUGCGCGGUCCACCACUGUAUCUUCUGCAACAUCGAGCUGGAGGGGAUCAAGCCGACCGACAAGAUGUUCCUGUUCGGCUGCAUCAACGGGGUGGUCUGCCUGGCCGACGACCGCAACCACUGCAACGUCGUCUGCAAGGUCGGCGGGUCCGUCAAGGCACUCAUGUUCUACGAGCAGGAAAACGCAGUCAUCAUCAUCACCUCCACCCUCCUCCUCGUCCAGUUCAAGCUCUCCUCCACGGAGAAGGUGACCCCCGACAAGAAGGUCAAGUUCAGCGUGGCCGGCGAGCCCGAGAACCUGUCCUCGAUCUGGAUCGGCUCAUGCCUGCUGGCCACCUGCUCCAACGAAAACAUGAUCCGCCUCUGGCACGUCGAGGCCGACGAGAACUACGUGCUGUCAGUCUUCGACGUGAACGAGAGCGACGAGGCGGUCAACAGCGCCACCGACAAGAUCAGCACGAUCGCCUACGACCGCAGGGGCCGGUCGCUGAUCGCGGGCACGCGGGAGGGCAGGGUGCUGUUCUGGAAGAACACGAUCGUGGGGAAGGACAGCCCCUCUGAGAAGGAGAUGUGGAGCUCACAGCCGAGCCUUGCCCUGAGCAAGCAGAUCCACUCGCUGGUGAUCGGCAAGAACAACGGGCUGAUCGUGUGUCGCCAGAGCGACAACGAGAUCAUCAUCAUCAACGAGACCAAGGUCGUCGCCAAGCUGGGCGCCACCUUCAAGGCCAUCGUCCACGCCUCCGGCCUCGACAUCAUCAGCUCUGAGACCGGCCACACCCUCACCGAGCAGACCGACGGCCCGAUCAAGGGCAUCCAGGUCCGAGACGACCUGCUGCUCUACUGGACUAGCAAGAAGAUCGAGGUCCUAAAGGUCAAUGCGAAGGACCGCGUGGCGGUUGAGAAGAAGGCCUCGAUCAGGAUCAAGGCCAGCGCCUGCGGGCUGGCGGGCGGGGACUCCAUUGUGCUGGCGGUGGACAGCGGCUUCGAGAUCGUGGGGAUGACAGGCCAGUCAAAGGAGACCAAGAAAUUCCCGGAAAGCGAGGGACGGGUGAUGGACUUCUCGUUGGCAGGCAACUUCGCAGUGUUCUGGACCACCCAGUCCUACCUCAAGAUUGUGGACCUGACCCGGCGGGACAAGACCAUCACCAAGAAGUUCGAGGACUCGAAGGGCGCACUGGGGGUAAUCCGUUCCUGUGCCAUCAACUCGGACGGCACCAAGGUGGCGAUCUUGAGCGACUUGGACGGAAUCGUGCAGCACUGCUUCCACGUCUAUGGGGUGGACACCGGCAUCUUCGAGGCCUUCGAGCUGGGCCCCGACAAGAUCCCGAUCCAUCUGUUCUGGGACAACCAGGAGCCCAAAUUCCUGGGGCUGCAGACGGAGUUCACGAAAAAGGACGUUUCUGACAGCAAGGAGGACGAGGACGGGGCCAAGAGCACGGGGCGGGACCUGAUGACCUUCUUCGUGACCAGCGAGGCAGGGAUCAAGCUGCAAGAGCGUUACUACCUCGGGCGCAAGGUCGAGCGGAUCUUCGGGAUCGCGAUCCCCUACAUCCACACUAUCGAGAAGGGGAGCGGCAGCAAGUUCCUGACCCACGAGAUGGUCAUGCACGAGUUCGAGGGGCUGGACCUCAAGGACCCGACCAUCAAGAAUUCGAUCCUGAACUUCAGCUUCCACAUCACCACCGGCAACCUGGACGAGGCCUACAAGUCCGUCAAGAGCAUCCAGAACCCCAUCGUCUGGGAGAAGAUGGCAGAGAUGUGUGUCAAGUCCAAGCGCCUGGACGUCGCCGAGAUCUGCAUCGGCAACAUGCGCUUCGCCAGAGGCGCCAAGGCCAUCCGCGAGGCCAAGGCCGAGCCCGAGCUGGAGUCGCAGCUGGCCAUGGUGGCAAUCCAGCUCGACAUGCCGGAAGAGGCCGCCCGGCUGUACGAGUCGGUCAAGCGGUACGACUUGCUCAACAAGAUGUACAUCGCGAACGGGAAGGUCGACAAGAGCAUCGAGGUCAGCGAGAAGCUGAACCGGAUCAGUCUCAAGAACAGCUACUUCAAGGCCGCCCGGUUCUACGAGGCGAAUGACCCCAGCCCCGCCCGGGCCAUCGAGUUCUACACCAAGUCGGGGCAGGCCAACCGAGAGGUCCCGCGCAUGCUGCUCGAGAAGAACCUGCCUGAAGACCUGGAGCGGUUCAUCAACCAGAACCGCUGCAAGGAACUGAUGGUCUGGUACGGCCAGUUGAAGGAGUCCGAGGGCGACGUGGACACCGCCAUCGAGCACUAUCGCGCCGCGCCCUCCACCGAGAACAUCGUGCGGAUCCUGCUGUCCACUGGCGACGUGGCGCGUGCCAUAAACGAGUGCAGGGCCAACCCCGAGCCCAAGGCCUACUUCAUGAUCGCCAACUUCUACGAGAAGGAUGGGAACACGCUGCAGGCGAUCCGGUUCUACGCGAGCGCGCAGUACUACUCGCAGGCGAUGCGGCUGGCGAUGGCGGAGGGGCUGGAGGACGAGGUGAUGAGCCUGGCGAAGGACGCGCCGAGCGAGGUGAUCGCGCGGGCGGCGGGCUACUUCCACAGGAAGAACAAGGUGGAGCGGGCGAUCCGGCUGUACCGGGCCUCGAAGCACUACAAGCGUGCGUUGGACAUCGCCCUCAAGAACAACCUGACCGAAAUGGCCCGGGACAUCAACAAGGAGAUCGAGUCCGAAGAGGGCAACGUGGUCGGGCUCAGCACCGAGGCCACCAACGAGGCCAUCAACCGCCUGCUCGACCAGGGCAAGGGCGACAAGGCCCUGCCCCUCCUCAUGGCCUCCAAGCAGUACGACACCGCCCUCCAGGUCUGCAUGAAGUACAACCUGCCCAUGAGCGAGGAGCUGGUGAACCGGGUGGUCGAGGCCGACCCCCGCAACGAGGAGCUGGUGCGCAAGCUGGCCGAGAAGUGCAGGGCACACGGGGACUUCGAGCUGGCAUCGAAGCUGUUCCUGCGGCUGGGGGACAAGGUCAAGUCGAUGAAGUGUCUGAUCGAGGUGGGGGACACCCAGAAGAUCAUCAGCUUUGCGAACACGGCCCGCUCGGCCGAGAUCUACGUGCUGGCGGGCAACUUCCUGCAGGGCACGGACUGGCACAAGGACCCGCAGCUGGUCAAGGUCAUCACCACCUUCUACAGCAAGGCCAAGGCCUACGACCAGAUCGCCAACUUCUUCGAGUCCUGCGCAAUGAUCGAGGUGGACGAAUACCGGGACUACGGCAAGGGGCAGGACGCACUCAAGGAGGCCCUCAAGCACUGCCAGACUGCCGGGCUGCAGGAGCGGGCCAGCGUGGUCCAGCAGAAGAUCAACCUGAUCGCCCGCUUCCUGGAGCUGCAGGGGCUGUUCGACAGCCGCCCCGGGGACAUGCUGCGGGGCUGCCAGGACAUGCUCGAGCUGCCCAACGUCAACGAGGCAGUCCGGGUCGGGGACCUCUUUUCCCUCAUGAUCGAGUACCACUUCGAGCGCAAGGACUAUCAAGAGUGCUACGCCCUCAUGAAGAAGAUGCAGGAGCGGGGCGCCUCCAUCAAGCAGUUCGUCGACCAGGAGGUGGUCGCCGCGGUCGCCAAGGCCUGCGGCAAAAAGCGCACUCGCAAGGCCGAGGACGACGAGGUCGAAGAGGACAUUCGAGAUUGA